AUCUCUGUUUUGUUGGUUUAAAAAAAAAAAAAAAAAAAACAACCUUGUGAUAUCUGUGUCUCACGUUGGGGAUGGAACACAGAGCACUCGUCAGCACUAACUGAGCUUUGGGGUUGAAAGGGUCUUGUAAGAAAGCUGGGCCUUGGGCUAUAUAACUCUUUUCCAAGAUGUAGUUCACCAAGAUGUUUCUGCCUCAUCCAACAGCAUGAAGGAGAGUUGCUCCACGGUGAUCAGUUGACUCUUCAGGGCCUUCCAUAGAGCCCCCGGAGCAGCAACUAGCCUAUAUGUGCUGAAGGUUGUUUGGACAGUUGCAGCCUGAUUCUACGCAUGCCAUGACCUCCUCCUAGUUCUUGUACCCGCAGGCCCAAGGAGCAGCCUAGCGAUUGGGCCACAGGCUGCACCUGUUCUGCUAAUUCUCGGGAAGGCACAAGGACCAGACCCCGAGGAGCAAGUAUGCGGUGGGUUUCCAGAGCUGGACGAUCAACAAGCCUUUGCAACAGAGGAAGUAAAUAGCUCAGAGUGUUGCCACUGCCGGUUUCUGCAGCGCAAAGGAGGUGGUGGCUGUGAAGCAGUGGGGGUCUGGUGCGUGACUGCACGGUGGUGGGCCGAACGACUUCGGGAUCGCGAGCAGCAUCGUGCAGUGCGCGCAGCAACCUGGGCUCCAGACCCAGGUCCGCGAAGCUGCCGUCGGAGGCAGGCUCCGCAGCGCUGGCGCCUCUAGUUGUGCGCGCUCCAUGCUCCCAGUCACGCGAGGCGAGCACUCUCAACGGUCCAGCGUGAGGCGCGCUGGCUGGUUUAACUAAGGCCGCUGGGCAAUCCACGCACGCUCUCUCGUUGUUCCUGCCGCCGGGGUAGAGCUCGCGGAAUGAGCACCACUGGGAAGGGAUCGUCGAGGGCGCCUACAGCAACUGAGCGACGACCAACCACAGCAACGUCGGGCGCGCGACAGGUUGCCCUUGUUGUUGGAGAGGCGCACGUCAGUGACGUCACGCAUGCGCCGCUUCCUAGCGUACGGCGGCUGGCUCGGCUCAGUAAGGUGCGGAGCUGGAGACGCCUCAGGAAGUGGGCAGGAUUCCCUACGUUUCAGUGACUGCUAGGUCUGUAGAUCAGCACCGGGAUGGCGACAUCCAGCUCUAGACCGCCUUUGGAUGGGGAGCGCUGUGGAGGCAGGAGCAUGGGCCUGCAAUACCCGGUGUCAGUGGGGCCCUGGUCCUAUGGACCUAGUGGGCUGGUGUCUUCUGGAGAUCGGGUCCUCAUUCUUUGAGGUUCUCGUUUGUCGUCCACAUUGCCCUUGUUGAUGGCUUGUUUAGUGCCAGGCUCCCCUUGUAAAUUCCUUGGGUGAGGGAUGCGGUGACGUUUCCAGAUAUGCGGAAAGACUGGUAAUACGUGUUUUCCCAGCGUCUGAAUGAAUGGUAGGCCUGGGGACUGAGACAAGGGUGUGGAAUUAUAAAUCUAAGCUCAAUUCCCGCUCCACUCUGGCUCAGAACUCGCAGUACAAGGUGGUGUCCUUAAGCUUAUUUUUUUCUCUGAAGUGGGAGGUGAAACAGAGGAGGAAUGAUUGUGAAUAGUGUCUCUCUGUGCUACCACAACAAACUCAUCUUAGCCCCUAUGGUUCGGGUUGGCACUCUCCCAAUGCGGCUGCUGGCCCUGGAUUAUGGAGCUGACAUUGUUUACUGUGAGGAGCUGAUUGACCUCAAGAUGCUUCAGUGCAAGAGAGUUGUCAAUGAGGUGCUCAAAACAGUGGAUUUUGUAGCCCCUGAUGACCGAGUCAUCUUCCGCACCUGUGAAAGAGAACAGAGCAGAGUGGUCUUCCAGAUGGGAACCUCAGAUGCAGAGCGAGCACUUGCUGUGGCCAGGCUUGUAGAAAAUGAUGUAGCUGGUAUUGACGUCAACAUGGGCUGUCCAAAAGAAUAUUCCACCAAGGGAGGAAUGGGAGCUGCUUUGCUGUCAGAUCCUGACAAGAUUGAGAAGAUCCUCAGCACCCUUGUUAAAGGGACGCGCAGACCUGUGACCUGCAAGAUCCGUAUUCUGCCUUCACUAGAAGAUACCUUGAGCCUUGUGAAGCGGAUAGAAAGGACUGGCAUUGCUGCCAUCACAGUUCAUGGGAGGAAGCGGGAGGAGCGACCUCAGCACCCUGUCAGCUGUGAAGUCAUCAAAGCCAUUGCUGAAACCCUCUCCAUUCCUGUCAUAGCCAAUGGAGGAUCUCAUGAACACAUCCAGCAGCAUUUGGACAUAGAGGAAUUUCGACAAGCCACAGCUGCCUCUUCAGUGAUGGUAGCCCGAGCGGCCAUGUGGAACCCAUCCAUCUUCCUCAAAGAGGGUCUGCGGCCCCUGGAGGAGGUCAUGCAGAAGUACAUAAGAUAUGCGGUGCAGUAUGACAACCACUACACCAAUACCAAGUACUGCUUGUGCCAGAUGCUGCGUGAACAGUUGGAGUCACCCCAGGGAAGGUUGCUCCAUGCUGCCCAGUCUUCUCAGGAAAUUUGUGAUGCCUUUGGCCUUGGUGCCUUCUAUGAGGAGACUACUCAGAAGAUGGAUGCCCGGAGGGCUGAGCUCUUGGCCAAGACUGCAGAGAAGGUGGGGGAACCAGUUGAAGAUACCUCUGGUGUCAUUAAAAUGGCUGUCAAGUUUGAUAGGAGAGCUUAUCCACCCCAGAUCACCCCCAAGAUGUGCCUGCUGGAAUGGUGCCGGAGAGAGAAGUUGGCACAGCCUGUUUAUGAGACGGUUCAACGACCGCUAGAUCGCAUGUUUUGCUCCGUUGUCACUGUUGCAGAGCAAAAGUACCAGUCCACCUUGUGGGACAAGUCCAAGAAAUUGGCGGAACAGACUGCAGCCAUCGUCUGUCUGCGGAGCCAGGGCCUCCCUGAGGGUCGGCUUGGUGAGGAGAGCCUUUCAUUGUACAAACGCAAGCGGGAGGCUCUUGACCAAGACUCUGGAGGCCCCAGAACUCAGGAGCCAGCCCUGCCUAAGGAGCUAUGCAAGAAGCCCUUUGUGACAUUGGGAAGUGGUGAAAAGAGAACCCUGGAAGGUUGGUGACUACUGUCCCUGCCAUGGUAACCCUCUCCAUGGGUGUGGCACUGAGGUGGCCUUGAUACUGGAGCAUGAACCAAAUGCCACUUGUUCAGUUUGCUGGCCCUGCCUGGCAAGAGUGUAGGAGGUCCAGGACUAGGUCAUCAGUCUAGAACACAGGCCAAGGAGUGCCCAGGUGUGAAUCGCAUUUCUUCUGACUGGCAGGGCCAAGUUCCUAGUGAUUUGAGUAUUGUCUUUGAAAACAGGAGCUUUUCAGGUGGUUUAUCCCUAAUUUGACAUUGGUACAGUGCAAUAAAGACACCUUCCCACUGUUACCCAUGGCUGACUGCUUCAGCCCUGGGCAUCUUCACACAUA